AUGCCCAAAGUCAACUCGCGCAAGCGCCCUGGCGCAUCGUCCUCGUCCCCGUCCUCGCCGUACAAUAAACCGCCCUUCGCAGCCCCCUCCUCCACUUCCAACGCAAUCUUCCGCAUGAACACGACCCUUGGUCAGCACGUGCUGAAGAACCCCGGCGUCGCCCAGGCAAUCGUCGACAAAGCCUCCCUGAAACAGUCCGAUGUCGUGUUAGAAGUCGGUCCAGGUAGCGGCAACCUCACCGUGAAGAUCCUGGAACAGGCGAAGAAAUGCAUCGCCGUGGAACUGGACCCCCGCAUGGCCGCCGAAGUGACGAAGAGAGUUCAAGGCACGAGUAUGCAGAAGCGAUUAGACGUUGUGCUGGGCGAUGUGAUCAAGACGGAUCCGCUGCCCUACUUCGACGUGUGCAUAUCCAACACGCCGUAUCAAAUCUCCAGUCCCCUGGUGUUUAAACUAUUGGCCCACAACCCGCCGGCCAGGGUUUGCAUCUUGAUGUUCCAGCGCGAAUUCGCCAUGCGCCUCUUCGCGAAACCAGGAGACAAACUCUACAGUCGGCUGAGCGUGAAUGCGCAAAUGUGGGCCAAGAUCGACCACAUCAUGAAAGUAGGCAAGAACAACUUCAAGCCGCCGCCGCAGGUCGAGUCGAGCGUCGUGAGGCUGGUGCCGAAGAAUCCGAGGCCGAACAUCAGCUACGAGGAGUGGGAUGGCUUAUUGCGGAUAUGCUUCGUGCGCAAAAACAAGACAUUGAGGGCGAGUUUCUUGGGCACAAGCAGUGUGCUGAGCAUGCUCGAACAGAAUUACCGCACGUUUUGUGCUCAAAACAAUGUCCCUAUCGAGGAAGGGCCGGUCGAAGAAUCAACAAUGUUGGAAGUGGAAAACUUUCAAGAAGAUCCAGAACAGGAUCUCGAUGGUGAUGAAGCAGAGGAAUGGGGUGGCUUCAUGGAUGUGGACGACGAGGAAGACUCUCUUCCCACAUUUCUCAAAGAACAAUACGCAUCAAAGUCCCAGCUACCGGAGCGGACACCGUCACGUAAGAAGCGCGACAAGGUGUUUCUCCUCGUGCGAGAAAAAGUCCGCUCAGUCCUGGAGGAUAAGACGUCGUUGGCAGAUAAGAGGGCCCGCAUGUGCGACGAGGCAGACUUCUUAAAACUCCUCUACCACUUUAACCUGGAGGGUAUUCAUUUCAUGGGCAUCAAGCAUGGCGGAGAGUAG